UACACUACCAUCCAGCACCCAAACGUUACCCAUCAUACAAGCAUGCUGUGACUGCAGUUACAUUUUAGAUGCCUGUUUUCACCAUACAAUGUCCACGUGUUGGUAGUUACUUCAUAUAACUUCAGAUACUUAACUGAUUUAUAUACGCGGACUCUCGGAUUGGGUUUUGGGCACGGAAAUGGCAACAAACAGUAAACGAUUCAAGCUAGAUGAUGGAUCAGAUGAUGCCUCCUCUUUGCAAAACUUCCUACAGUGGUGCGACAGAGUGGGCCUUAAACUCAACCACAACAAGGUGUAUGUGAGUAGAAAGGGAACACAAGCAGACUACGGCAUGCUGGCUAAGGAGGAUAUCGAGGAAGGGGAAGUUCUGUUUAUAAUUCCAAGGUCGGUUCUGCUACAUCAUGGAACAUCCAAGGUCUCUGCAGUACUCGAACAAGGCAAGGAGCUGCUGGAGAGCUCGUCGGGAUGGGUGCCACUACUUAUGGCCCUGCUGUACGAGUACACCAGCCCAGAGUCGCCCUGGGCUCCCUACCUGUCACUCUGGACCGACUUCAGCCGCCUGGACCAGCCCUUGUUCUGGUCCAAAGAGGAGCGGGGAACCCUCCUCAGGGGCACGGGCAUCCCGGAAGCUGUGGAGCGGGACCUGGCCAACAUCCAGAAGGAGUACAGCACUGUGGUCCUCCCCUUCAUCGCCCAACACACCGACCUGUGGAACCCCAGCAUACACACGCUGCAGCUAUACACACGCCUGGUAGCCUUCAUCAUGGCCUACAGUUUCCAAGAGCCACUGGAGGAAGAAGAAGAAAAAGAAGAGUCGGAUGACGAUGAGGAAGAGGAGGAAAAGGCCUCCAACCUACCAAUGAUGGUCCCCAUGGCCGACAUGCUCAACCACGUGUCCAAUCACAAUGCCCAUCUUGAGUACACGCCGGAGUUUUUGAAGAUGAUUUGUGUGCGUCCCAUUCGCAAAGGUCAGGAAGUUUUCAACACCUACGGCCAGAUGGCCAACUGGCAGCUUCUACACAUGUACGGCUUCACUGAGCCAUACCCUAGUAACUGCAAUGAAACUGCUGACAUCCCUAUGGCCAACCUCUACAAAGUUGCAGCGCAAGGCGUUCAGUCUGACCUCGACAGACAGCUGGUAGAGGAGAAGAGAGCAUUGAUUCUGAAGAUGGGUGAAAAAGCGGCUUUCAUCUUUGGCAAGCAGGGCUGUCUCACAGACAUGGAGCUCCACACCACACUUAAGGUUCUUUGCAUGUCAAGGGAGGAGUUCCAAGAGUUUAGAGAGAACGAGGGAUGGGAAGAGGAUGAAGAGGCAGACGAUGAGAAGGUUUCAUUGGCUUUCUCCAACGAGGGGCUGCCUGGCCUUCCGGCUCCAUGGAAGUGGUUGAUCCACGCCGCAGCCCGUUUGACUUUGGACAGCUAUGGAUCAGCUGAGGGAGGGUGCUUAGACAGGGACCGUGUUCUAAUUGAGGACAAGGUGCAGCUUCAAGGACUCAACCCCAGGCAGCUGAGGGCACUUCAGGUGCGUCACGGUCAGAAGAGCAUUUUGGACAGAGUGCUGGCACUGACCCAGUCGUGAUGCACAUCUCACAAUUGAACAUUAAUGCAAUAGUACUUUCAAGGUACUCCUGUGAGGGCAUUCUCGAGAUUCUGUAUUUUUUGUUUACGUUUUAUUAAAUGAUUCAAAGUAUGAACCUGUGACUAAAGUCGAUAUAUAAAUCUAAUAUUAGCUUCAUUGUAUCAGCACCAUUGGGAUUUGUAAUAACAGAAAGAUUCACUUUUUUUAAUGCUUUAUUUCCUGUAUGUAUGCAUACUGCAGUUAAGUAGCAAGAACUAAAGGCAACUAUAAAGAACUACAAAAACACACGGACCAAUACAUUUACAAAACAUUCAAAAUCCUUACAAAAUGGCCUGUAUUGGUCCUUGUUCUUUAAUGAGGAUCUUUGUACAAAUGUUCAAGAUGCAGUUUUGCCAUCCUACCAUUACUGACAAUUGUACAAGUGCCAGGGAGAAGAUUUUAUAGGUACAGAUAGACAUGACAACACUAAUUGUCACUCCUCCCAACACACAGAAUGGACCCCCAUCUCAGUCAGGAUGACAAUCCAAUGAAUUCAACCUCUUGCCGCACAUCCAAAAAGGCUCAAAAAAGCAAAACAAAGAGCAGAUAGCCGUUUUAUUGCAUCCUCUACUUUCCAUAUUGACUGAAAAAUAAAAAGUCAAAGCAGAAAAAAAAAAAACUUGUGGGAGGGAGGCAAACCAGGGGUACGUGUCUUUACAUGUAUUGUUACAUUUGAUAUGGACACUUUAAUUUA